ACCGCAUCGACGCAGCAAUGCAGCCCACCGGCGUUUCUUACAUACCUCAGCUAUCUCAGAGAUACGAUGUCACAUCAUACCAGUGAUUUCAGUCACCCUCCUCCAGCGUACCAGCCUCAUGCUUCAAUGCCACAAACAUCCCAACACGACCAUACUCACUGCACUCCGCAAGGGCACACACAUGGUCAUGAUUGCCACAGGCAUCAUGUAAAUUGCCAGUCCCCGAUGCACAUUGUAGUACCAAUGAUUCCCGAUUCUAGGACCGUAAUUCAUUCAAGGCAUGAUGUGCAGCGCACGAAAUAAGGAUGCAGCUACUGAUACCUAUCUUUAGGUACAACGAAGUUGAUCCUCUCCUUCCAACAGGAAGACGACGGAACAAUGACCCAGGAUGUUGCUUCUUUACAAUUCUUGGAGCCGUAAUCAUUUUUGGAGUGUUUGCCAUCGUUUUCUUCUCAUUCGCUCCCCUCAAUGAGUUUGCUUGGACCAAUAUCGAAUCUCAUUCCUGCACCACUUAUGCAACAAAGGAGUACGUAGCAGAGCUCAACGCGUCUCGUUGGAGCCGUCAUAGGAUGGAAAUCUGCAAAGCUACUCCGAUGUUUGUUCAUGGCCGGCCUCACUGGCCUUCCAGAUGCGAAGAUCGUUCAGGCACGGUGAUUGGACAUUUUGCCAUCAAUCAUGACGAACCCGACUGCGUCACCUACUGGAGUGGAUAUAAAGACAUGGGCUGUUCCGCUAGAGGCUCGAAGAAGAGACACAUCGAGCAACGUCUCGAGAACUUGCCGUUCCUAGCAGACUAUAAGGAGUUUUGUGCAACAACCCCUACUCGUUUCCUAGACCGGGAAUUCACUGGCGCAAACUCGUGCGUGAAUACUAUUUGGGGUGUCUACGGACAAUGGUUCAUCGACGACCAUACUUGUUGAAGCAAGCGUCGAGUAUCGUUUCUCGUACCCAACAACUUUAUCUCUAUUUCUUAUCUCGAUAUAUUCAUGUACUAUUUACUAAUACAAACUAUGCUUUAAGUACUUUCA